CUUGAUUAUAUUAUUUAGAUCCAAAGAAGGUCGAGGUAAUUGACAGGUUUACCCAAGCCGUCAGCUCACAUGGACUAAAUUUAGUGAAUGAGACAAGGAAAGCUCAUGGUUAUGCUAAAGGGUCGACUAUGGAUUUCCUUKUUCCAAAUCAAGCAAAUAUAGAAGAAGUAAACCAUUUCAAUCACAGGCUUCAACAGGUUGGUUUUAAUGACGGCUCUGGAAUUGCUGAAUCAGGGUUACAACCAGCCUUUCAAGAAAGGAUUAGGAAAUUUAUUGCAACAAAGUCGGAUUUGCUGUUUCAAAUUAGAGGCAGAGAAGAGUUGAAGAGAGGAAUUGAUUAUGGAUUGGACAAUAAUCAUGAAGUGUUGGAUCUGUACAGUAAAGUUCCACCAUUGGAAGUGUUUAUGGGAAUACCAGCACAUKUCAAACGAUGGCAACUCUUCAAGGUAAUGAAAGAAGGAGAUAUUGUUCUUGGAGAAGUUGUUUCAAAAAGGCCCUUUGGAAUAUUCGUGAAGUUGACUGCUCUUGAAUUCUCAAAAAGCAGGGAUUUUACUGACACCAAUAUAGAGGCAUUGUGUAGGACUAUUGAUCUUUUUGAUAAAGAUGUACACAGUUCAAGUCUGCCAAACUACCUAAACAGCACCAGCUUCUUCAUUUGGGAUUACUUGAAGAUGUUGAUAGUUCAGAACAAAGAUAUGACUAUUCUGAAAGCACAAGUUAUGCAGAACAGUUGGAAACCCAUGUAGGGCUUCACAAUCCACGUAACAUCGAGACAUUACUUGACAUCCUUGGUGUGGACACUAAACAGCCCUGUUCACUACUGAGAGGUUUUCAAAGAUCUCACUUUCCAGAAGACGAAUACUUUGAUGUAUUAAGAAACAAACAGUCGGCAAAGUGGUCAAUGGAAUCGACGGCCAAGGGCGUUGAACUUUUUAAAGGUGGCGACAUCAAAACUGCAAUGAAGUACCUGGAACAUGCUCUACAGAUAGAUGCAGAGAACGUCGAAGCUUUGGUGGCGAGAGGAGCUCUGUUAGCAAAUGAGGGCAAAUACAGCGUGGCCAUCAAUGAUUUUCGUCAAGCUCUUUCUAUCAACCAUCAUCACAGGAACGCGAAUAAAUAUUUGGUGCAAACUUUGAUAGAACAAGGAAUACAGCAAGAGAAGAAUGGUCUGUUAACAGAAGCAUCCAAUAGCUUCAAAGAAGCGUUAGAGUUGAGCCCAGAACAGGCGACCGCCAGGGAAYGUUUAGAGAAUGUAAAACAGUUGCUAUUCAUCAAACGUCAGAGGGAAGAGAAACGUAUGAACGAUGAAUCUGAAGUAAUAAAAAGCAAGUUCAGCCAUGUUCGACAGCUGAUUGAAGAUGAACAAACAAGAAAGAAAAAGAAGAGAAAGAAAGAAAAGAAGAAAAGAAAGAAACAGAGAACUGAAAAGAAAAAGAAGACGAGACGCAGAUGUCGAACAACUUCAACCACAGAUGAUAGUUCUUCAAUCGAAUCUGAGAACAAAAGUCCUCUUCUAAAUAAAAAAAGAGGAUACGAUGAGRAAGAACAAGUACCAGAUCAGAAAAGGAAAAUCUYCUUAAAGGAUGAAUACUCGCAUGUYGAUAGCGAACCAGCACGUAAAACGAGUGGAGUAGAAAAURUCAUACAUAGCGAGUCACAAGCAUCUCUAAUUAAUCAAAGCUCUUCAACACUAAAAUCGAUUAAUACUGAAACAACACGUCGAAAAAGACGACGACAUAGUUCUCGCUCGCCUUCAACCUCUGAUGAARGGACGUCAAAAACGCGUGCGCGACAAAGGAAACGGUYGCACAGUGCUAGAAGAGGAUCGAGUCACUCUCGAAGCAGCUCCUCUAGUGAUAGCAGAACAGCUCGCAGGUCAAGACGAAGAUCUCCUGAUCAUUCACGUUCACCUAAAUUAUCACGUAGAGAUAGACGAUCGCACAGUACUAGUAGGGAAUCAAGUCACUCUCGAAGCUAUUCCAGUGAUAGGAGAUCGCGUGACAAAUCACGGUCACGCAGAAAUUCUCACCAAGAAAAGUGGUCACGCAGUACUASCAGAGACGCGAAUCAUUUCUAUGGCAAACAGUAGUCACGCAAAUGUAUUUGAUCGAUUUAAGGGUUACGUACGGGCGGAGGGACACACGGCUUGUCUGCACGGUGUAUCAGAAAUGACAAAAGAAAAUGUAAGCAACUGUUUCGUUUAUUAUAAGAAAAUAAAAAAGAUCUCGAUU